AAAGAGGAGGACACACAGCCUUUGAAUCGAGCUCUAUAUGAAUGCAUUUAAAAUGUUUUUUUUCCUCCACGGAUGAGACCUGAACAAAAAAAGUUGCAGCAAGUUGAAUGAAUCUCUGCUCAUUUCGGGAUUAAUUUUACAGGAGGAGAGGAGAGGCGCAUCUCCAACCUCACAGGAGGAUGCGAGGCGCGCACUGAUGCAUGGUUUUGGCCAGGGUGGGGGGGUAGUACCAAACGUGCGUAAAAGAGCCUGAUUCUGCACAAGUGUUUAUGCAAUGUCAGCCUUACGGAGGAAAUUCGGCGAGGACUACCAGGUGGUGAACACCAACCAGGGCAUGACUUCUUCUUUCUCCUCCGCACCUGCGAAGAGGAAGCGGCAGCGGUUCGUGGAGAAGAACGGCCGGUGCAACGUGCAGCACGGUAACCUUGGCGGAGAGACCAGCCGCUACAUCUCCGACCUCUUCACCACGCUGGUGGAUCUCAAGUGGCGCUGGAACCUGCUCAUCUUCAUCCUCACGUACACGGUGGCGUGGCUGGUCAUGGCUUCGAUGUGGUGGGUGAUCGCCUUCAUCCGCGGCGACCUGAGACAAAGCGGCGGACACGACAAGUCCUACACGCCGUGCGUCGCCAACGUUUACAACUUUCCCUCCGCGUUUCUCUUCUUCAUCGAGACGGAGUCGACCAUCGGAUACGGCUAUCGGUACAUUACAGAGAAGUGUCCCGAGGGCAUCAUCCUCUUCUUGUUCCAGUCGCUGCUGGGCUCCAUCGUGGACGCGUUCCUCAUCGGCUGCAUGUUCAUCAAGAUGUCGCAGCCGAAGAAGCGCGCAGAGACGCUGAUGUUCAGCCAGGACUCGGUGAUCUCGCAGAGGGAUGGGAAGUUGUGCCUCAUGUUCCGGGUGGGGAACCUGAGGAACAGCCACAUGGUGUCUGCGCAGAUCAGGUGCAAACUCAUCAAGUCGCGGCAGACCCCAGAGGGCGAGUUCCUGCCCCUGGAUCAGUGUGAGCUGGACGUGGGUUUUGGGACGGGGGCGGACCAGCUCUUCUUGGUGUCGCCUCUAACCAUCUGCCAUGAGAUCAACACCAAGAGCCCGUUCUUUGAUCUGUCGCAGCGCUCGCUCAUGAACGAGCAGUUUGAGAUUGUUGUCAUCCUAGAGGGCAUCGUGGAAACCACUGGUAUGACAUGCCAGGCGAGGACAUCUUACACCGAAGAUGAAGUCUUGUGGGGCCAUCGUUUCCUCCCCGUCAUGUCGCUGGAGGAGGGCUUCUUCAGAGUCGACUACUCCCAGUUCCACAACAACUUUGCGGUCAAUACGCCUCCCUACAGCGUCAAAGAGCAGGAGGAGAAGUCCUCGUUGACGUCGCCCAACUCUGUCUCUGUUGCGCCCACCCCCUCCUCCCCUCAGCUGGGUAACGGUGGCCGCGGAGGCCGCAGGGAAAGGCUCCUGUCAGCUGACUAUGCAGAUCACGCAGAGGACCAAUCCUCCAGGCGGCCCAGCAAACUCCAACGCAUGAGCUCCACCAGGGAGGAGCUCAUGUGGAGGGGACUGAAGACGGGGCCAGCCUUGCCUGGGGGGAAGGCCGCCAGCGUAGGAGACCUUCCGCUUAGUAUUCAGAGGCUGAGGUCCAGCUCCAUCCCGGUAGUGAGGCAGGGACAGCUGGAGGAGCAGGUCCAGCUGCUGUCUUUGGAUGGAGAUGUCGAGGAGGGCGAGCUGGAGAAACACAGACUGCCAGCAGCCAUUAGCACCAUCACAACACCAACCCCAGUUCAGAUCCCCUUGAUGGGGAGUCGGCCAGAGGACAACCUGCCCGCCAAACUGCGCAGAAUGAAUGCCGACCGCUGACUUCUGCAGACUACCUUUUAAGACUUUUGAAAACUGAAUCAGGCUUGAUGGGCAUUGCUUAUAAAUAAAGACUACUGUGAUCUAAGUUUUAUUUUUUUUCUGCAGAUUUUGGCCAGUAUUUUACAUUUACUUAACGGGCUCUCUACUAAGUUGUCCAUUGCCACAAAUAGAAGGACAACGCCAAUAAGCCAUCCAUCCGCUCAUACUGUGAGUCAUUUUUGAUAGAUCACCAUCUGUGCCCCCCACUGACUUCUAACACUUCUGCCCUUGUGCUUGUUUCUUUCACUUCUGUUCAUACAGUUGCAUCAAACACUUUACUAUCUCAAACAACUACACUUUUUUCAAUUAAUCAAGCACCAAAGUGGCAGUCAUAAAUAAGACCGACCUAAAUUGACCAUUUGCUAAACCCCUCCCCCCCGAGCAGCGAUUGUCCAAUCGUAGCUUAGCAACUGUAAGGCAUGGCAGGUCUGUCGAGCUUUGGAUUUCCCCACAUGCCUCAAGCAGAAGACUCACUGAAAGCAGCACGAUAAGAAGUUUGCCCCCAUUCAUUUUCUAUGGGACAUGAGCGAAUCGAUUUGCAAGGUGCGGCGUUGCGGGACUGACCAGCGGUUCGACAAAAGGGAGGGGUUGAAAGUUGAACAUUUUCAAUUUUAUGCAAAUGAGGGUGAAAUUUGAUUUGUUCGCUUCCAGUGGGACUUCUCUGUAAAGCUGGGGACACACCAACAUCAGAGAACUAGCGGCGACGAAGGCCGCCUGUCUCGUCGCCUCAUGUCGCCUUUGUUUUGGCCGACAAGUUGCACCCAAACACACCGCUAAGACCACGGCCGACGGCCAGUUAGCACGUACGUUAUGCGCCUGCGUGAGAUGAAAUAACUCUCCAAACCAGCAGGUGGCGGUAGUCUGCAUUCGUCAUUCAAUAAGGGAAA